UCUCUCUCUUUCUCUCUGGAAAAAAAGAAAAAAAGAUGGAUAAAACACCGUGUGACUCUCAAGAUGCUGAAGUGAGAAAAGGGCCAUGGACCAUGGAAGAAGACUUGAUUUUGAUCAACUAUAUCGCCAACCAUGGCGAAGGCGUGUGGAACUCUCUUGCUAAAGCAGCCGGGCUGAAACGUACUGGAAAAAGCUGCCGUCUCCGGUGGCUGAACUAUCUUCGACCGGAUGUGAAGAGAGGGAAUAUAACACCAGAGGAACAGCUCUUGAUAAUGGAACUUCAUGCUAAGUGGGGAAACAGGUGGUCAAAGAUUGCGAAGCAUUUACCUGGAAGGACAGAUAAUGAAAUAAAGAAUUUCUGGAGAACAAGAAUCCAGAAGCAUAUUAAACAGGGAGAAACGUUUUCUGCACAAUGUUCAGAGGCAAACGAGCAGGCUAGUUCAAGCCAAAUGUCAUACACAAUAGAAAAUUAUUCUCCAUCUUCAUACCAACCAAGUAUGCAGGAUCACCAGGCUUUUCCAAUGGCUCCUUUACCUGCUGAAGUGAAUGAAAACUAUUGGAGCAUGGAGGAUCUCUGGUUACUUAAUGGCGAUUAAUUGAUUUUGAGGAUUUGCGUUAUGCAUGCUUCAAUGUCUAAUCUGGAUGAAUGUUGGAUUUAUGAUAUAUAGUUUGAUCGAACU